GGAGCAGUUAUCCCAUGCUGCAAUAAUUAUGGAGUUGCGUCAGGAGCCAUCCUAAUCACUGAAGUUGUUUGUACCGGAUCUGAGACCAGAAUAGAAUUUUGUGCCUAUCAAAUGAACACUGACAGUCUUUUAAGCCAUGAGUAUGAUGUACUAGUUCAAUGUCAAGAAGGAAAUGAUACAAACGAAGGAGAUAUCCGGUUGGUUGGGGGGACCAACCACUGGGAAGGCAGAGUUGAAGUAUUCCUAUCUCGUGAAUGGGGGACUGUGUCUUUUGACUAUUAUUAUUCGAGAUACUAUUCUAGUGUCCCAGUGGUCUGCCGGCAGCUGGGGUAUAGUGUUCAAGAUGUUCGUCAGAGUUGCUGUUCUGUGUUUGGAGAAGGAACUGGUCCGAUUCAGAUGGAGUAUCCGUAUUGUGGAGGAGGGGAGUUCAGGCUAAUUGACUGUGACUAUAAUAGGGACCUCUUUCAAACGGGAUACUCUCACUCAAAUGACUGGGGUGUCUUCUGUUCCAUAGAUGGACAAGAUCCUUGGGAUAUCCGUCUCUAUGGUGGGAAGUUGCAAGUGUAUCUGUCAGAGCAGUGGCAACCCGUUGCCAACUCUUACUCAACCUGGACGUCAAACAACUCUAGAGUGGUUUGCAGAGAGCUUGGAUUUGACCCUUAUCAUACUGAUUCAUCGUCAUUUUACAGGCAUAAUACAUACUAUCCAAGCCCUCCGGUGACUACAAUAAUAGACAAUGUCACAUGUAGCGGAGAUGAAUCAAGUCUUCAAAGCUGUGUUCAUGUAUCUACACUCUUAUCUUCUUACCCGACUGUUGGAGUGGAAUGCCUUGGUGGUGAGCAGUAAUAUAACUGCCGUGUUUUCUCAAAUUAAAUCUGCUACUGCAACUGCUGAUAGACUGAAGUCAUUAAAGUGUUUGCUCAACUAACUAGCUCAUCAUUUUGGAAGAGCACACAUACAUAUGGUAGCCAUAGAUCCAACAUUACAUAUCUAGUUAUGUGACUUUCUGAGUGCUAGCUGUAGACACUGUGACAUGUGCUAUAACAGUAGGCUCGCUCUUGCUCACAAAACUCAAUAUGAAACUUUACCCUUUUGCCAUAUGAAUACAGUUGACUGUAGGUCUAGAGGUAUGAGACUAGCAGGUGGAGGAACUGAAGCAGAGGGAAGAGUUGAAGUAUGUUUCAACUCCAGAUGGGGCACUGUCUGUGACAAUAGAUGGAAUGAAAAUAGCACAGCUGUAGCCUGCAAACACCUUGGAUUCAGCGAAACUGUCAAUGAAUCGAGGUAUUUUUCAUCUGAUAAGUUUGGGAAAGGCAUUGGACCUGUACUCAUUGACUACAUCAACUGUACCGGAUUGGAAGGAAGUUUGUUGAGAUGUAACCAUUUUACCCACGCCUCUGGGUGCUCUCAUGAUAGUGACGUUGGAGUGACGUGUAUGCCAGCCCGUUGCUCUGAUGGGCAGCUGAGGCUGACAGAUGGGUCAGGAGUGACAGGAGGGCGUGUUGAGAUCUGCUCCCAUCAAAGAUGGAACACGUUCUACAGUUCAACCUGGUUUGCUACCAAUGGAAAGGUUGCUUGCAUUGAACUCGGAUUCAGAGGUUACAGCGGUCUAACCUCCUCCUAUGGAGGUGGUGGAGGACCCAGGUUCAACCAUUACUUCAAAUGUACUGGAUCAGAGUCGAGACUGUCCGAGUGCCAGAGCUUUAAUGAAACAGCAUCAAGAUCUAGUGAUUACGAUGUGGGAAUAUACUGCUCUCUUGCAUAUUGUACUGAUGGAGAGUUGAGGUUAAUGGAGGGAGAGAGUGAUUUUGAAGGGAGGGUGGAGAUGUGUCUCAGUAGUAGAUGGGGCACCAUUGGAGGCAAUGGCUGGACACAGACCAACUCUGAUGUUGUCUGCAAUGUCCUUGGAUAUGACACAACAAAUGAGCCGGCUAACCAGUCCACACCUAUGGCUCCAUCUAAACCACUGCACUACCACAGCAUCAGAUGCACCCGGCGAGACCUAACGCUACUCGACUGCGGCUUUAAAAAGAGCUCUCCGUAUGACUAUGCAGAGAUUGAACGUCGAGCCAUUGUCAAGUGCAAAGAACCUGCAUGUGGAGAUGGUGAUCUGAGACUUGUUGGAGGUAAUAGAAAAGAAGAAGGAAGACUUGAGGUUUGUUUUAGGAAGAGAUGGGGAACCAUAAAUGGAGAAAGAUGGACACACACUGACACCGAAGUGGCUUGCAAACAACUUGGCCAUUCUACUUCAGAUGUUUCUUACUCCAUAACUGAGAGACAGCGCUAUUUAUUAAGUCAGUCGCUACCAACAUUCAUGACAGUGGUUGGCUGCUAUGGCUCAGAGGAGAGAGUAGUCGACUGUGACUACCAGGAUUUCCGUUACUCCUCCUCCACCAGUUCCCCUACCACUACAAUGGACGUCAGCAUCAGCUGUGGCAGUGAGGAGAGUUCUGCACAAGCAAGUAGUGUGGCGAUGGCUUCACUGUCGAUAUCCGUCAUCCUGGCUGUGGCGGUUAUUGCUCUGGUUGCCGUUUUAAUUGCUCUGCUUGUGCUACAACGGAGGAGAAAGAGGAGAGAUAAGGAUUUACCUCAUCACUCCACCCAUGAUCCCAAUACUGGUGGUCGAUACAGCUCUUCUGGCAUCGCCUUCAGUAGCAAAACCGAAACAGUCGCGAUGGACAACAAGAUGGCAAUGGAAGAUCUCCCAGCCGAGAGCUACGAAGAAAUGGACACUUUGAAUCGUUAUCCAGUUCCGCCAAAACCACAGUCGAAACGACCACCAAACAGGGCAAAAGCGGCGCCUCGGAAAGUGGAUUCGACUCGAUAUGCUCGAGGUGGCAACUCCAGACCUACAGCUGGUCCCAAGCCUCAACACCACGUCCAGAGUAGAGGCCAACCGAGACAGCCGAGUCCACCUUCCGACUCCCCAGAGGCCAUUUAUGAAUGCCCCGAUCCCCCAGACGAGGACUAUUGACUCGAUUUUUUUUGACAAUGACAUUAAGUGCAUGUUUCACAAUGUAAGACUUAUUCUGGGGAAACAGUAUUGAUACAGUAUUGAACUUCAAUGUACUAUAUAUUAGGUGUGUGUACUUACUUUGUCAUAAUGUGUACACAAUAAUACUUUGCUAAUGCAG